GCAUCUCUCUCCCUCUAUUGUAGUGUGAAUAUUGACUUUCCACACCAACUGAUUCUUCUUAACUUUUUCUCUUUCUUCAUGCAGCUACUGUUCAUUGUUCUAGAAUUCGUUUUCCACAUUUUCUUCGCAUCUGAUUUCCCAAGACCCGCAAGAAAAAUUCCACCCAGUUGGUCAAAAUCCAUCGUUUCUAACCAUCUUCAUAGCGUACAAAGUCCCCUUCUGAAAUUUGAACAGACCCACCUCAGAUUAACAACUAUAUAUUGAUUUGUAAGAUGUUAGAGUUUCCAAGAGAAUCAGACAGUGAAGAAACGUUUUACGAAGCUUCGAAUUCAAGCAAAAGCUCAAUGAGUAGUUCUGACAGUAACACUAAUUUCAGCCGUCUCUCUUUCGACCUCCCAUCAACGUCGCCGGAAAAUCUAACUCUGAAACCUCACCGCUCGUCGGACUCUUCUUUUCAAGCUAUCCGAUCAGCGGCAUUUCACAGGAAAAAGACCGGCCUGAGUUUCAGAGACUUCAGCCUGGUCCGGCAGAUCGGAAGUGGAGACAUAGGCAGAGUUUAUCUCUGUAAACUACGCAGCGAUGAGAGCUGUUUUUAUGCUAUGAAGGUGGUGGAUAGAGAGGCUUUGGCUUUGAAGAAGAAGAAUCAGAGAGCUGAGACUGAGAAAAAGAUCAUGAAAAUGUUGGAUCAUCCUUUUUUGCCUACUCUUUAUGCUGAAUUUGAAGCUUCCCCUUUCUCUUGUAUAGUUAUGGAGUAUUGUUCUGGUGGUGAUUUGCAUUCUUUGAGACACAAACAGCCUCACAAACGCUUCUCUCUCAGCUCUGCAAGGUUUUAUGCAGCUGAAGUUUUGGUGGCUUUGGAGUACCUUCACAUGCUGGGGAUAAUUUACAGGGACUUGAAGCCAGAAAACAUAUUAGUCAGAUCAGACGGCCACAUUAUGCUCACAGACUUUGACCUUUCUCUGUGCUCAGAUGCAAUCCCAGCCGUUGAAUCGCCUGACUUUUCUACAAACCCAUCAUCAUCACCGACUGUUAAACAGAAACCCCGUACACCCACUCCAUUUUCAUGCAUCCCAACCCGGCUGUUCCGGUCUAAGAAGAUCCAAACACUCUCAACCAACCGUCUGUUCGUGGCCGAGCCGGUCACCGCCCGGUCAUGUUCUUUCGUUGGUACCCACGAGUAUGUGGCCCCAGAAGUUGCUUCUGGUGGGCCCCACGGCAAUGCCGUGGACUGGUGGGCCCUAGGGACUUUCAUUUACGAGAUGAUUUAUGGGCGCACACCUUUUGCUGGUGUAUCGAAUGAAGCUACGCUGCGUAACAUAGUGAAAGGGCCGUUGACAUUUCCAACUCACACUCCUAGUAGUGUGACUGAGAAACACGCGCGGGACUUGAUAUCCGGGUUGUUGGUGAAGGAUCCGAAUAGCAGACUAGGGUCGAAGCGUGGGGCUGCUGACGUCAAGACCCACCCGUUCUUUAACGGCCUGAACUUUGCGCUUAUAAGGACAGUGACGCCACCGGGGGUUCCGGGAAUCAGGAGACAGAAAACGACGACGUCGCGUCACUCUGUGAGUCAAACGGCGUCGUUUGACUUCUUUUGAUCUAUUUUCAUAUUCACUGUGACACGGGAUGUGCGCCACGUGGCACAGAUUUUGUCCAAUUUUAGGAAAUUUACUACUAGACACUGUGCAUAUACCUGAUGUUUAUCAGUUUUUUU